GUGUCAUGGCAUCAGUAGUAUAAAGCAGAGGUGUAGCUUUCCAGUUUGUAGAGAGGAAAAGGAAAAGAAAAGGGGGGAAGCCAUGGCCACUGCUUCUCUGUAUAGGCUUAGGCUGAGAACAAACUGAAUCAUUCUUUCUGUAUAUCUAUUGUAUGUUGUGUGCAUUUUGUAUUGAUGCUGAAGCCUGCCUUAGUCACUCUGCUUUUGAGCCUUCUUCAUCCAGUGUCACGCAGAGAUUUGCAUAUUAAUUAUCUGAAAUUUCUUUGAUGAUUCUGGUUGUGGUGGAGUGUUGAAAUUCGAGAAUUGUUGAAUUUGGAAUGGCGGCUCUUGAAGGUGCAUUGUCCUUCUCUGUGGCGUCAGUUGUGGAGGAUGUUCUUCAACAGCACGGGGGGCGAUCUCGUGGUCUUGAUUUGGAUGCUCGGAGAGCGGAAGAGGCUGCAAUAAGAAGAUAUGAAGCUGCCGCAUGGCUGAGGAAAGUGGUUGGAGUAGUGUCGGCUAAAGAUUUACCAGCCGAGCCUUCUGAGGAAGAAUUUAGGCUUGGGUUAAGAAGUGGAAUAAUUCUAUGCAAUGCACUUAACAAAAUUCAGCCUGGAGCUGUGCCAAAGGUUGUUGAGAGUCCAUGCGACUCCUCCCAUAUUCCGGAUGGUGCUGCAUUAUCAGCGUAUCAAUACUUUGAGAAUGUGAGGAACUUUCUUGUAGCCGUUGAAGAGAUGGGAAUGCCUACUUUUGAGGCCUCUGAUCUGGAGCAGGGAGGAAAAUCUUCAAGGGUCGUAAACUGUGUGUUGGCAGUUAAGUCCUACAACGAAUGGAAACAGACAGGAGGAAAUGGGGUUUGGAAAUUUGGUGGAAAUGUUAAAACAUCUCCAGGUGGGAAACAAUUUGUCCGCAAAAAUUCUGAGCCAUUCACGGGUUCUCUGUCAAGGAGUAUGUCCAUAAAUGAGAAAUCUCAAAAUGGCAUAUCCACCGACACAGAUUUUAACAGAAUGUCUAAUUCUUCUUUGAGUAUGCUAGUUCGAGCAAUUCUAUUGGAUAAGAAGCCUGAAGAAGUUCCUAAUCUUGUUGAAUCUGUAUUAAGUAAGGUCGUGGAGGAGUUUGAGAAUCGCAUUGCAAGCCAAAUUGAAUUGAAGAAAGCUUCCUUUAGAGACUUCAAUACUUCUCAUGGUAGCAAAUCCGUUUCAAAGCCUUCUUCAUCCAAUGUAAAGACUGAACAAAAGAAUGCUGCAAUGCCGAGGGGAGAUGAAAUAUUACAAAAGCAUAGCAUAUGUGAUGAAGAAUCAGAAAGUAGAUUGAUGAAGCAACAGUUGAUCGUUGAUCAACAGCAGGAAGAUAUUACGGUCCUGAAGCAAACUCUUUCUAUAACCAAAGCUGGUAUGCAGUUCAUGCAAAUGAAAUUCCAUGAAGAAAUUCAUAAUCUUGGCCUCCAUAUUCAUGGACUAGUUCAUGCUGCUUCUGGAUAUCAUAGAGUUCUUGAGGAAAACCGGAAGCUUUAUAACCAAGUCCAGGACCUAAAAGGGAGCAUUAGGGUUUAUUGUCGUGUCAGACCAUUCCUGCCUGGACAAUUUGAUUACUUGAGUACUGUGGAUCAUAUUGAGGAAGGAACUAUUAGCAUAAACACUCUAGCCAAGAAUGGAAAAGCACGGAAAUCCUUCAACUUUAACAAAGUGUUUGGGCCUUCUGCAACUCAAGAGGAGGUCUUUUCAGACACCCAACCACUAAUAAGAUCGGUCCUUGAUGGUUACAAUGUCUGCAUUUUCGCUUACGGUCAAACAGGAUCAGGAAAAACUUACACUAUGACUGGACCCAAGGAACUGACAGACCAGAGUCAAGGAGUGAAUUACAGGGCUUUACGUGAUUUGUUCCUCCUUGCUGACCAAAGAAAGGAUACUUUCUGCUACAAUGUCUCUGUUCAGAUGAUAGAGAUUUACAAUGAGCAAGUGAGGGAUCUCCUCAAUACUGAUGGCCUAAGCAAAAGAUUAGAAAUUCGAAAUAGUUCUCAGACAGGACUCAGUGUACCAGAUGCAAGUUUGGUUCGUGUCUCUUCAACAUCUGACAUUAUUGAUCUGAUGAACCUUGGACAAAGGAAUCGUGCUGUUGGUGCAACAGCUCUCAAUGACCGCAGUAGUCGCUCACACAGUUGUUUAACAGUUCAUGUCCAAGGAAGAGAUUUGACUUCUGGGAAUAUUCUUCGGGGCUGCAUGCAUCUAGUUGAUCUGGCCGGGAGCGAGAGAGUCGACAAAUCAGAAGUGACUGGUGACAGACUCAAAGAGGCUCAGCAUAUUAAUAAAUCUCUUUCUGCACUAGGUGAUGUGAUCUCCUCUCUUGCACAAAAGAGUCCACAUGUCCCCUAUAGAAAUAGCAAACUCACCCAACUGCUCCAGGACUCACUUGGAGGGCAAGCUAAGACACUAAUGUUUGUUCACAUAAGCCCUGAGCCUGAUGCCAUUGGAGAGACGAUUAGUACGCUUAAAUUUGCUGAACGUGUUGCCACUGUUGAACUUGGUGCUGCUCGAGUAAAUAAGGAUUCUGCAGAUGUUAAAGAACUAAAAGAACAGGUUGCCACUCUUAAAGCUGCCUUAGCAAGGAAAGACGCGGAACCAGUGUCCCUGCAGCAGAAGAUAUCUGGCAGUCCAUGUAGCAUGCAGCCGUCAUUUUUACAACCUAAUUUAAAUUCUAGCUUGCAAUCACCAAAUGGGCUCAGGAAACCGAUGGAAGAUGUCGGAAACAUAGAGGUUCACCGCAAUUCUGCAUCGAGGCAAAAGAAGCAAAGCUUGGAUCUAGAUGAGCUACUUGGAAAUUCACCUACCUGGCCGCCUGUCAGCAGCCCUUGCCAAAACAAUGGGGACGAUGAUAGAGAAUUAAUCAGCUCAGGUGAAUGGGUGGACAAGCUCAUGGUGAACAAGCAAGAUCCUGUUUGUGGAGCCGAAAACCCGUUAGCUACUUGGGAGCCUAACAACAGCAACAUUUCCGAUGCAAUUUAUCAGAAAUAUCUAUCAGAUUCUACGAAAUACUAUUCUGAUAAGUCAUUUGGCCUAUAUCCUUCAAAUGACCAGUUUGAUGUUAAUACUACGGAUGAUUUGGACGAGCUUGAUGCUGGAACCAGCGACUCGUCUGAGCCAGAUUUGCUCUGGCAGUUUAACCAUUCCAAGCUUGGAGGCUUCAGCAAUGGUAUUGCUCCUAAGGUCCAGAAGCCUAAUAUAAAACAAUCAAAAAGCCCAGAAUUCAGGACCAUGAUUCCAAAAUUGGGCCCAUCACCAUCGCGAAAAGCAGUUCAUGAAGGUGGCCAAGGCCAUCCUCCACCGCGGAGUGGAAGACAGACCACCGAAACAAAACGUAAAACAGGGAGUAGGAAGUAGAAGAAUCGUCUAGGGUCGCCCUGACGCCCUCCUAAUCUUUCAUUUUUUUCCUUUACUCGAGGUGAGAGUGAGAGAAUAUAUAUGUAGAGUUUGUUAAUGGUUUUUCUUCUCCUUUCUCUUUUUUCUUUUUCUCUCUGAGUUAUUCUUCAUACAUAGGCAAAAACAGCAACAACUCCAGUUGCUCGUAUUGGGAGUUUCUUUUUUUGUUUACUUCACCCGAUUGUAAUGUCAUCAAUGGGCUUGUAGAACUUACACUUACUGAUGCUUCAUUCUUAUUUGUGAAUAAUGUAUUUUCUAUUAUAACA